AUGCCAUCUCCAAUCCCUCCCUCCACUCCUCGUUCCUGCUCUCUUAUGCCCUCCACUGCUACACCGUCACCUAUCACACUCUCUCACUCUGUUGCAUUCUGUUUCGCAUCCCUUCUUCUGUCAUCUCAUGCCAUCCAAUCACCCAGCGGUGGGCUCGACGACCGAGUGAGGCUCGGGUGGAAGCUGACAGCGAUAGAGAAGCGGCCAGGUGGCAGCGGCUUCCUGCUGUCCUACAACACUCCCGAGGGCGCAAAGCAGCUCCCUGCACGCUCCCUGCUGCUCACCGUGCCCUCAUACGUUGCUGCUGACCUCCUCAAGCCCUACUCGGCAGCAGCAGCAGCCGCCCUCUCAGCCUUCUACUACCCACCCGUGGCAGCAGUGACCAUCUCGUACCCCAAAGAGGCCAUUCGAGAGGACAGGCUCGUGGGCGGCGAGCUCAAGGGCUUUGGGCAGCUGCACCCGCGCACCCAGGGGGAUUGUCACUUUGGGUAA